AAGACAUAUUAAAAUUUAUAUAUGGCGAAUGCGACAUGUCAUCUCUAUUUACAAAUUUAUUGAUAUAUUUCUCAAAUACAUCUAAUUUCGAAGAAACUAUAUGUAAAAGAAAACUAUAAAGUAGUGAUUGAAACAAUUAUAUGGUUUUAUGACUCGGAAGCUGGUAAUGCCUUUGUUACCUGGAGUAUUUGGUGAACACAUAGAGAUCGAUAUAAAAUUGAUGCAAGCUGCUGGGAUGGUGGGUAGAGUAAGUCAAGAAAUCGCAAUUCACUCAAAACUGAAGAAUCCAGCCAUACUUGAAUUGUAUACAUGCUUUCAAGAUGCUAACUAUGUUUACUUGGUAUUGGAAUUAUGUCACAAUGGAGAACUUCAACGUUAUCUUAAAAUGCAAGGCUCUCGUGCACUGUCUGAAGAACAAGCUGGUGACAUAAUUAAACAAGUAGUACAUGGAUUAUUGUAUUUACACUCGCAUCAGAUACUUCACAGAGAUAUGUCUUUGUCUAAUUUGCUUUUGACUAAGGACAUGCAAGUGAUAGCAACAAGAUCAUCACAUGGUUUGGAAGCAGAUGUAUGGAGUUUAGGAUGCAUGCUAUAUACUCUCUUAGUUGGCAAACCUCCAUUUGAUACCGAUGCUGUUAAAAGCACUUUAACACGCGUGGUGAUGGCUGAUUAUGUCAUGCCAGCUUAUUUAUCAGAUAAUGCCAAAGAUCUAAUAGACAAAUUAUUGAAAAAGAAUCCAAAAGAUAGAAUUCAUUUGCGAGAUAUUCCAAAACAUCCGUUUAUUAUUAAUUUAAAAAAAAACAGAUUGCACAGUGAGAAGAAUAGUAUGAACAAAGGAUUAUUAGGAUAUGGUAUUAUUGAUUCAGGGGUUGGGAGAACAUUAUCUUCAUAUGGAAAACCAAGAAUGCGUUGUAGAUCGGAAGAAAGAAUGCCAUCAACGCCUAUUAUGUCUAAUGUUCUUGGACCUAUGUUUAGUACAAAAAGCGAUCCUUCAUCCGAGCCUAUUAUAAGAACGUAUUCACGUAAAACAAAUGGCAUAGAUUAUCAUACUAAACAAAGUUCUGUAUUAACUGGACCAUUGACAUCACAAAGCAAAGUUUUUUCACAAUGUGAGCACAGUUGCAAUAUGCAUCAAGAUGUUAACAAACACAAGACUGACAAGCAUAGAAAAAAAGAAAAAACUGAAAGUUGCUUUGAGAAUACAGAAAAUGGAGGAAAACUACAAGUUUCGCCUUUGUCUUCUAAAAGAUUGCAACCAACAAGACAUAAAACAAAAACUGCAAUUUUUACUAUUCUAGAUAAUGGAGAAGUUUGCGUCGAAUUGAUCAAACGUAGGAAUGGAGUGGAAAAAAUUAAUGAAGUAUGUCGAAUAUCAAAUGAUGGUUUAAGAAUUAUUCUUUAUAAACCAACAUCUUCAACCGACGUUAGCAAUCAACCACUUCCGUUACCAACUCGUGGAGCAGAUAGCAUUUACUCAUAUGAAAAUUUACCUCCUCGUCACCAUAAAAAAUAUAUAUAUGCUUCUCGUUUUAUAAAACUUGUGAAAAUGAAAACUCCAAAAUUAACGGUGUAUACUCAACGAUCCAAGUGUCUUUUUAUGGAAAAUGGACCACAUCCAAAUUGUGAAGUUCAUUUUUAUGAUGGAGUAAAGAUUGAACGUGUUGAUGGUAUUGUUAAAAUAAUAGAAAGAAAUGACGGUUCUACUUACGUCGAGGGCGAAUUUCCGUCCCAUUUAGAUAAUUAUUAUGAACAUUAUUCAGAGUGUUAUCAACGUUGUUUGUUGUUAGAAUCUACUUUAACAUCUUUAGAAACAGCUACAGGAUAUUCUUGCUUUCCCAUUAUUAUUGGACGUAGGCCUAAUACAGCCUUAAAUGAUUCUGCUUGUGUACAAGGAAAAGAAAAUAUUUCGCAGGCAACGAACAAUAUGCCCAUAAUGCCAUCCUUUGAUGCUAGUUCUGUUACGUCUACUGUGGCAUCGCGAUCACGAAAAACAAAUUCUAUACGAAAUAUUAGUAAUAGUUUUUGUAAAAUAGCAGUACCAGGUAUAGGUACUGCGACACAAUUAUCUUCUGGAGAGAUACAUGUCAAUUACAAAGAUGGUUCUACUUUAACUGUAAUUCCUAAAGGCGGUGGUAUAAUCUAUGAAAGUAAUAAUGGUAUUGUUACAAAAUAUAAUCAUCAUUAUCAACAAAACGUGGAUUUACCACAUAUUGUUAAAGAAAAAAUUGGUCACUUGUCUGAAAUUAUGAAAUAUUUUCUUCAACCGAAGCACAAAAACAUUCGGUAGUUUUUAAUUAUAUAUAUUUAAAUAUUCAAAUAUUUCGUAUAAAAGUAUAGACAGUGGGUUAAAUAAAAUGUUCCAAACUAUUUCUUCUGAAAUUAGUGCAGAUAUUGACAAUAGUUAA